GAAUCUGGGUUUUGGGCGAGUGUUGACUGAAGGGUAGGUUGUGUUCUGUUCCAGAGCAUACACUGAAAAGUGGUUUGUCCUUUGCUACAGAAUUUAAAAAAAAACAGAAGGAGAAGGAAGGGAUCAAGGAUGGCUUCUUGCUGGAAAACUGACAGCUUGGUGAAAGAGUUCGGCAAUCCUUUGAAUGUACUGCUCUAGAGAUGAGAAGAAAGUCUUGAUCAAAAGGUGAAUUUCUGACCAUUCCUUGGCAUCCAGAAGGGACGUUGGCAAGAGAGGCAGCCACCCCAGGAAUGGGUAGCCAUGAGAAAGAUCUGUCUUCUCCAAAAAGGGCACCACCUCCCUCCCGUUCCAACAGCACCGUGUCUUCCAAACACAGCAUUGCUCGGCAGGGUUCAGAAAGCUGGGAGGUGGUAGAUGAGCUGCAGAUACAAGGUGGGGUGAUCCAGGAGCCAGAAAGGCAGGAGGGUUAUCUGCUCAAGAAGCGAAAAUGGCCCCUGAAGGGCUGGCACAAGCGCUAUUUUGUUUUGGAAGAUGGAAUUCUGAAAUAUGCCACAACGCGUCAAGAUGUCUUGAAAGGGAAGCUGCAUGGUUCCAUUGAUGUACGCUUGUCGGUCAUGUCAGUCAACAAGAAGGCUCAGCGAGUAGAUCUGGACACAGAAGAUAACAUUUAUCAUCUCAAGAUAAAAUCCCAGGAACUCUUCAAUAAUUGGGUGGCCAAGCUGUGCUCACACCGCCAAGCAGAGAAGUUCCUGAUGGGUGGCCAUGGUGGGAGAGCUCCCCAUCCUGCACAGGCCUGCAGCUCAAGGCACCGCAUUCUGACAUCAGAAAGUGCCCCUGCCUUGUCUUCCCUAGGCAAUCACCGAGAUAAGGUGAAUUACUGGCUGAGUGACAGUAAAGGCUUGGACAGAUGUUCAGCAGAACUCACAGAAUGUCAGGAAAAGCUUCAGGAGCUCAACUGUAUGCUACAGAGCUUGGAAUCUCUCCAUCGCAUUCCCUCUGCCCCCCUCAUCUCCAGUAGUCAGACCUCAGCAAGCACGGAGAGACCCAGAAAGGGGAAGAGGUCUACACGCAUUUGGUGUACUCAGAGUUUUGCAAAAGAUGACACCAUUGGCAGGGUGGGACGCCUGCAUGGCUCUGUACCUAAUCUCUCAAGAUAUUUGGAGUCAUGUCAGAACCAGGCCAUCUUCAGUGUCCCUCCAGAAUAUAGCCAGCUGCAGAGAAGCUUCUGGAUUUUAGCUCAGAAAGUUCAUGGGUCCCUCAGCAGUGUACUGGCUGUACUGAGUACGGAACGAGACCGUCUUCAGGAACUGCAACAGAUGCUAGAUCUACAGCGUUCCACUGGACCUUCUGCACCUAGUGGCCGUGGGGGUGCCUUUGGAACUUCAGUGGCUGGGGCUUCUCUGCAAACAUUGGACAAUCCUGAAUGUAUCCGUCGCUUCCAUUCUCUCUCCAUCUCAUCAGACACCACCCUGGAUUCUUUUGCUUCAUUCAACCCUGAUGAGCCAAAUAAUACUUUGUUGGUUAAGGGUCAGGAGCAGCAGUUAUCUAAUCGCAGCAUCGUGUCUCUCUCGGAUUCACACACCGAGUUCUUUGAUGCCUGUGAGGUUUUCCUGUCAGCCAGCUCAUCUGAGAAUGAGGCCACAGAUGACGAGUCCUGCAUCAGCGAAGUGACUAACAACAUCUCAGAAGAAAUGGCAGAGGUUGCAGGAGGACCUGGGCGGUGUCACAAAGGCCCAGCUGCUAUGCACUGUGUUGGGGAACCCUCAGAGGCAAUGCUGAGUCUGCCUGUGCCUCUCCCUUUGUACCUCCCUGGGCCGGGACCCGGAAUAAUGCGCCGGAACUGCCUGCCGGCCUCUCAUGUCCAUGCCAGCGAUGUCAGUGUUUGGAACAUUCUUCGCAACAACAUUGGCAAGGAUCUCUCCAAAGUUUCCAUGCCAGUCCAGUUGAAUGAGCCCCUCAACACCUUGCAGCGACUUUGUGAGGAAUUAGAGUACAGUGCCCUAUUGGAUGCAGCCAGCCGCACUCUGGAUCCUUGUGAAAGAUUGAUCUGCAUGGCUGCCUUUGCCGUAUCUGCUUAUGCUUCUACCUACUACCGUGCCGGCAGCAAGCCAUUCAACCCUGUUCUAGGAGAAACGUAUGAGUGUGUGCGACCUGACAAAGGUUUUCGUUUUAUCAGUGAACAGGUGUGCCACCAUCCUCCUGUCUCUGCCUGCCACGCAGAGUCUGACAACUUUGUUUUCUGGCAAGACAUGAAGUGGAAAAAUAAGUUCUGGGGCAAAUCCUUAGAGAUUAUCCCUGUGGGUACAGUGAAUGUCCAUCUUCCUAGGUUUGGGGAUCACUAUGAAUGGAACAAGGUGACUUCCUGCAUCCACAACAUCUUGAGUGGCCAACGGUGGAUUGAGCAUUAUGGUGAAGUGCUGAUUCGGAACACAAGAGACAGCACCUACCAUUGCAAGCUCACCUUCUGCAAGGCACGGUACUGGGGUUCUGGAGUCAAUGAGGUGCAGGGCGCCAUUCUCAGCCACAGUGGCAAGGUUAUCCACCGGCUCUUUGGGAAGUGGCAUGAUGGAUUGUACCGUGGUGUGGCUCCCGUUGGCAAGUGCAUCUGGAGGUCCAAUCCCAUGCCUCGGGAUUAUGAGAAGAACUAUGGUUUCACUCAGUUUGCCUUGGAACUCAAUGAGUUAACACCAGAACUUAAGCGCCUCCUGCCUUCCACAGACACACGGUUGAGACCUGACCAACGGUACUUAGAAGAGGGAAAUGUGCAGGCCGCAGAGUCCCAGAAGCGACGGAUUGAACAGCUGCAGAGAGACCGGCGCCGGGUGAUGGAGGAUAAUAACAUUCUUCAUCAGGCACGCUUCUUCAGGCGGCAAAUGGAUGCCAAUGGCAAGGAAUCCUGGCUAAGCAACAGCACCUACUGGAAGCUGAGGGCAGAGCCUGGCUUCAGUAACAUGGACAGUGCUGUCUUAUGGUAGCUGCUAGCAUCUGCAGGAGCAGUCGUGCCUUUCUGCCAUCUCCCAAAGUGUGGGGGGAGUGGACAAUGAAGCCCCCCCCCCCCCGACAACUAAGCACAAGAUGAUAGAGGCAUGCCAUCCUGGAAUACCAGCACCUCAUAAAGUGGCAGAGGGGUGGGGUGGGGAAAGGAGACAGUCUUGUAGGUGUUUACGCCAUGCACUUCCAAAGCAACCCUCUCACAUGCCCACAUGCUUGAGAAAGGCGUCCACCGUCCAUCUCUCAUUCUCGCACUGCUGCCUGCUGGUUGGGCAGAUUUCUGGUGGCACCUUGGAUUGUCCCACAGAUACUUUCAGGAAGCACUUUAGCAUCACUUGGAUCAGAAGAGACCAGGACAGAAAAGAUGAGGGAAGUGAAACUGAAGGACCUGAAGUAACUUGAAAAUGGGGAGAAAAGCUCUACUGACUUUCAAACCCUGCUUUUUUGCAAACAUGACAGCAGCAAACACACACUUGAGCAAAGAACAACUGUGGAGCACUGGGGUGGUUGUUUCCACAGAACAGUCUGGACAUUUUGGCUCUUUUUAACUGCCUUGCAGUGCCCUUCUAUGGUGGCUACUUGUCUGUCCCUCCCCUGCACCCUUGUUGUUUUGUUCUUUUGGUACCACUUUCCUUGCAAAAGAGUUGAACUCUCCUUAAAGUCUCCCUCAGAUUCUUGGUAUGAAGUAAAGCCAGACCUUGGCUAGAAAUUCUCUCUGUGGGAGCCGAUCAUACAUUGAAUUAUGGAAGCACUCUGAGGAGACUUUUAUCUCCUCCUGAGGCAGCUGUUAGCACCUGAAAUUCAAUACAUUCCAGGGAUGGCCAAUAAUUGAUCCCUGCAUGAUACUUCCAUCUUGGCAAAGCUAGGAUUUUCUUCAAGCAGAGUAUUUUAAGGCUCAUACACCUGGCCUGGUAUGAGGGCAAGUGACACUGAAACAGUACUGUGUUCCCACCCACCCAUCCAUCUUGUCUCUGGUCCUACUCUCCUCUUUUGACAGGGAUAUAUGCCUCCCCUCUACACCACUUUUCCUUCAGCAAUAAUUAUAAAUAAGGCGGGAAGAGAACCAUUGGCAUUUUCCACAAUGCUUUGUAGGAAAGUGGAAUUCUCUCCGAGAGCUUAUUGUAUCUCAACAUCAGUCAGAGUCUGUUAAAUGAAGACCUGUUUUGAUUGUGAUUGUGUUAAAGGUAGAUGGGAGAGAGAGGAGGUGGAGCAGAGGGAAGGAAUUUGUGGUCAUGAAUUAAAUAUAAUGCAAUCAUCUGUUAGGAGGAGGAAGAAUUUCUUUGUGGGUGUAUGUGCCCUUUGUCAGCAAAAUGGGCUAGUCAUCUCUAUGUAUUUUUUCCCCUCAGCUAUGCCAAGAGGAAUAUAGAGUUUUGAAGGAAGAAUAGGAACAGCAAGUAAUUUCUGGCUGUAUCUAGAACAGGCCAACUCAUGUUGUGAUUCACUACAGACAGCUCACCAGCCAUCUUUUCUAGGCUGCAAGAUGCUUGACAAUCACUGGUGUGUUGAAUCCCAAUGGGUCACAAAACAUGGGCAUAGUUUGGCUUAGUGGAUUGCAAGGUGUCAGGGUUCAUCUAGGGUUUGUUGGGAUGUCCUUGCCCUUACAGAUGUUUUGGACUACAAUUCCGAGAAGCCUCAGCUAGCAUGGCCAGUAAUAAGGAAUUUGGGGAGUUGUCCAAAACUUCAGCAGGGCAAUUCCCCACUCCUGAAAGAAAAGCUAUGUUUACACUUACGUUCCCAAUUUAUGUGUGUUUAUUCUGUUGUUUCAGCUACAAUUCCAUGCCUCCCCAAGCUGCAAAUACAGAAGUGACUAGAAAGUGCUCUGUAAAAUCUUUUUACAGUUCUACAGCAUCCAGGCACAAAUAUAAAACAUGCAUUGUUUAGAGUUCCCAAGACCACUGUCCAUGUUCUUUCAUCUUGCACACCUGUCUUAAGCUUACCAGUGUUAGGGAAAUGUAUAUCCUUUGCUCAGAGCUUGGAAACAUUACCUUUUUUUAACAUAUAAAACCUCAGAUCCCACAGCCAACAUGUUCAGUGACUGUGCAUGCUAAGAGGUUUGGGGAAUUACAAUCCAAAAAAGUAAUGUUUCCAAGAUCAUUUGCUACUAUAUUGGCUUUUCUUUGGCUCACCGUUGGGGAAAUUCAUGGUAUGUUGCAGUCCUUACAUUUCCUAAAGUUUCAUCUCUGGGUGUAGGGCAGCCUAGCUUGUCAUACACUUAUUUUUCUUUCCUUCCUGUUUCCUUGUUCCCUUUACCAAAGGUCUUUAGGGAGAAAAUGGGUUUCAAGCAGGCUUUUCUUCCCUGCCAGUGAACAAUAUAAAAACAUAGUGCUAUUGUACUCCUGCUUCACCCUGGGAUGGACAAACAUUUUAUUUAGCUAUUUCUGUUUAUUGACUGGUCCUGAUAUUUAAUGUGGAUCUGAAGGGAUGUGACAACAUUGACUGAAUGCAUGCUAGACACUUUGCCUUCCUUCCUCACUGAAGAUUGUGUUAAACUAAAGCACUUCUUCAUAUGCCUCUUCCAGCUGAUUCUGAGACUCCUAAGUCUGAUACUGAGCAGUAGAGGAGGAGGUCUAAACUAAUUUCUUUUUGUUAGAUUCAUUGAUUGCAUUAGGGACUGAGAUACUCAUUUUUGGUUUGUGGGUUUCAGCUCCAAAUCCUUUUUGUAAGCCACCUACUAAAGAAUUAUGAGCAUACCGCAUGGAAGGGAGAACUUAAAAAAAAAAUCUCAUGAUCUGAGCCUCCCCUGUUCUGCUCCCCUCCUGAAGAUUCAGCCCAACACACCCUAAAAAGCUUCCUGUCUGUCUGUCUGUCUGUCACUUUGUUUGCUGGGUGUCUUUGGUGUUUUGUCUGCAACACCUGCAACACAGGUUGGCCUGCUCUCAUUUGCCUCACCCGGCUGGUCCGGACCUGAGUCGCUGUUCCAUCAUCUAUUGUGUCUGCGUUAACUGGCCUCUGUUCUGUCUUGUGUUGUGGCUUGAACAAUCCACAGUGUGUUCAAUAAAAAAAAGAAAUUAAGGUUUCAGAAAGUUCAA